AUGGCUCCACAACCAGUCCCAUUCCCAGGCUUCACCCCGAUAUCUGAUCGGGUAUACAUUCGCGACGGCAAUGAGAAAUCCAAGCCAGUCCCGGCCGACGAGCCAACGACUAUUCUGAUCUCCGGCUGGGGAGACGGCAUGCCCAAGCACGUCACUAAAUACUCCGAGGGGUACCAUGAGCUCUAUCCAUCCGCUCGAAUCAUCGUCGUUCUGUCGCGCACCCUCCAGGCCUCGAAUCAGCCCGAGGAAGACAGAAUUCAGGCCAUGAUGCCAGUCGUCGAUACCAUCUUCCCCACUCCGACAGGCGAUGGUGUUGAAGAACGCGUCCUCAUCCAUGCGAUGUCCAACACGGGCGCGAUCUUCGCCGCAGCCGCUGUCGUCGGUUACCAGCGUCGUCAUGGCAAGGAUAAGACUUUCCCGCAUAAGUUGCUGGUCUGUGAUUCCACGCCUGGAAGUUUGGACUUUGCUUCGCAGGUUGGUCGCUGGUCGCGGGCGAUGGCGGUCGGCACGGCCAAGUUCUUCCCUUGGCCGUUCAUCAUCACCCAGGGACUGUGGUAUAUUUUCCUCUGGGCCAAUUAUGCUUGGGAGGUUCUCCGUGGCUCUGAGGCGUCUGGCGUCUGGGCCAAUCGAGUCAUGAAUGAUCAGUCGAUCAUUACUACCGAAGCAAACAGACUUUAUCUGUACUCCAAGGAGGACGAGAUUAUUGGAUGGAAGGAUUUGGAAGAGAACGUGGCGCAGGUCAAAGCACAGGGCUACCCCGUCGAAUUAGAGAUGUUUGAAGGCUCACCGCAUGUUGGACAUAUGAGGCUGCAUCCGGAGCAGUAUUGGAACAGGAUCGCUGGUAGCUGGAAGCAGGCGAUGGCCAAGGAGUGA